CCUACGGACAGUGAAGGUUGGGGUUAAUUAGGGUUUUGCAGAGAAAGAUGAGCAGGAGUUUAGGGAUACCGGUGAAGCUACUGCACGAGGCAGCCGGUCACAUAGUGACGGUGGAGCUGAAGAGUGGAGAGCUUUAUAGAGGAAGUAUGGUCGAGUGCGAGGAUAACUGGAACUGCCAGCUCGAGAGCAUUACUUACACUGCUAAGGAUGGGAAGGUUUCACAGCUUGAGCAUGUUUUUAUUAGGGGCAGCAAAGUCAGGUUUAUGGUCAUACCGGACAUGCUAAAGAAUGCUCCUAUGUUUAAGCGUCUGGAUGCUAGAAUCAAGGGCAAGAGUGCAUCCCUUGGAGUUGGCAGGGGCAGAUCUGUUGCUAUGCGGGCUAAAGCUCAAGCUGCUGGCCGUGCUGGCCCUGGUAGAGGCACCGCACCACCUGUUAGGAGGUGAAGCCCUCAUGGCUUGAUCUGGAGCUUUCAUAGUAUCUGGAGGAUCCCUGGUCUUGAUAUCAUCAAAUCUAGUGUAAUUUUUGUAAUGGGGAGAGAAAAAUCUUAAUUGCUGGACAAGAAGUUACUUAUCUAUGCGUGUAUUCAAUCUUGAAUAUUGGAUACUUUCUACAGUUGUCAAUUGAUACAAUGGCAUGUUGUGUAUA